AGCUAUCUGGAAGGGAUAUUUCGACUGUUCUUUAGCCCCCCUCGUUACAGGCAUUCCAGCCUCACUGUUGCAUAACCAGGAGCACUGAAGCUGCAGCUGUCAGGAUCUUAAUCCCUUCUGCUUGAAUCUCCUGCCAGCGUGUACAGUAGUAAACCGUGUGCUUUGGUGCUCCCGUUUCAGGCACUACCAGAGGAAAACAAAAGUGGAUGAGAUAACUUUUAACCUUCUAGAACUCAACUACCCCAUUAGUCCUCAAGAAACGAUCAAGAAAAUAUCAAAAUAUAGCCACCCAGUAAUUCAUCACUGCAUGGAUCCAGGAGGUCAAGAAGAGACCAGAAAAGACCAUGCUGACAAGCAAGUGGUCACAGAGAUCAUGGCAAGAUGUUUUAUUCCAACGCUAAUAACAAACGUUCCCUGGGAAGGCUUCCGUUUUGUUGGACAUGAGAUUCGGAUUGCUGAAGCCACAGACUGUUACGGUGCUGUUGUCUGGCCCUCGGCCCUUGUUCUGUGCUACUUCCUGGAAACAAAUGCAAAGGAAUAUAAUCUGUUUGACAAAAAUGUGAUUGAAAUUGGAGCUGGAACUGGGCUGGUCUCCAUUGUGGCAAGUUUACUUGGUGCUUAUGUGACUGCCACAGACUUACCUGAAUUACUUGGCAACCUGCAAUAUAAUAUUUCCCACAACACUAAAAUGAAGUGCAAGCAUUUGCCUCAGGUUAAAGAACUCUCCUGGGGAGUCGCUUUAGAGAAGAACUUCCCCAGGUCUUCCAAUAAUUUCGACUAUAUCCUGGCAGCGGAUGUUGUCUACGCUCAUCCUUUCCUGGAAGAACUCCUUGUUACCUUUGACCACCUGUGCAAAGAAACUACCAUUAUCCUCUGGGCUAUGAAAUUCAGGUUGGAGAAAGAAAAUAAAUUUGUAGAUAGGUUUAAGGAGCUGUUUGACCUGGAAGAACUCUCCAGUUUCCCAAGCCUGGAUAUUAAGUUGUAUAAAGCUAUGAAGAAAAAUCGGAGGAGUGCAUAACAUCCUCAGGUGGAAACUUGGAAAUGCUAAGGCAAUUUGUAGAUUAUUAGUUUAAAGAAACCUGAAUAAUCUGAUGUACCACUGACUUUCCUAAGAGGAAACACCACCCCCCCACAAGUCUAUUAUGAGAAUAGAAGGUAGUUUCCCAAAGUUACCUUACUCUAGGCAGGGAUAUUUCCUACAGGUGCACCUGUAGGAUUUGGGGUAUCUCAGUUGAUCUCCAUCAGCACUUGAGGUCUCCUUCUAAUUACAUGGUAGCAGGAACUUUUGGGAAAGUUGCACUACGUGGUCAUCAUCUGCUCUCUUCAUCCCUUUAUAGAAGCAUGUACUAUUAUUAUUUAAAAAUCGUACAAUUAUUCCUUUACUGUGUAAUUGCAAAAUAAUAGUUUUAACAAGGACAUCUCCAAGAUGACCACUGUUAAUUCUUUUAAACACAGGGUUGCAUGAUUAUCUCUUUAGAAAUAAAAAAGUUGACUGUCA